AUGACAGACACUCAUUCAGUCACAUCCAUAUCAACGCGGAAUGAGCCUCUACAAGCAUUCAAGCUACUUCUUAUUGGAAACUCAAGUGUCGGAAAGUCAUCUCUACUUUUGAGAUUCACAGAGAACGAUUUCUUACCUGAAGAAGACGCUAAUGCAACUAUAGGCGUCGAUUUCAAAGUAAAGUAUAUUCAAAUAAAGGAUAAGCGCUACAAGCUCUCGAUAUGGUGCGUUUUCGCAACUCAUACCCAUGCUAACUUCAAUACAGCCGGUCAAGAGAGAUUUAGAAGCCUAGUUUCAUCUUAUUAUCGAGGAGCUCAAGGCGUGAUCCUCGUCUAUGACGUGACAAAUCGCGAAACAUUUGACAAGCUCCGCGUUUGGUUUCAGGAGCUCGAUACCUAUUCGACAGACGAUGCUGUCAAGAUUGUUGUCGGUAACAAGACUGACGUCAAUCAUCAGCGUGCUGUUUCUAUAGAAGAAGCGAAGGAAUUGGCGGAAUUGCAUAAUGCCAUGUUCGUAGAGUGCUCUGCCAAGACUAGCACGGGUGUUAACCAUCUGUUCUAUGAAUUAGCACAAAAAGUAAGCCCUAAUUAUCGUUAUUUGAUUGAUUAA